GGGCAGUCGACGAGGCUCCCCCUGCUGGGACGUGGCUGUAAGCCUUAGAUAUAAAGUGAAGUAUUGUAUCUUUAUGUUGAAUAAACUAUCUUAAGCACAAACGAACAUUACAUGGUGUCAGAAGUGAAGAACAUUAAAUUAAAUUAAAAAGAAGAAUUGCGAGAAGGUCUCGUUAAUCGUGGGAAAGGAAGUAAAGUGGUAACAUAACCUAAAAUAUUCAAAGACCACGUGGUAACGAUGGAUAAUUUUAAGCCUCCAGUGGGACUGGAUUUGAAGGAUAAUGCAGCAAAUAAUUUAAAGAACUUCAAACAAAGGUUUGAAAUAUUUGUAACAGCUAUUAGCGAGAAAGAAAUAAAGGAAACUCGCAGAGUGGCAAUGCUGUUGAAUUGCAUUGGAGAAGAUGCGUUAGAUGUGUUUAAUACAUUUGGACUGCUGGCAGAAAGUCUCACAACUAAAUCCAUAUUUGAGAAGUUUGAAGAAUAUGUGAAGCCUAGAGUGAAUAUAAUAAUAGAGAGACAUAAAUUUCACACAAGGCGUCAACAGGUGAAUGAACCAUUCGACAGUUUCCUUACUGAUCUGAGAAAACUGCGGACUAAACUGCCAAUGGUGAAAAAGUUACUAAAACCAAAGAUUCGUACUGUAAUUCAUGCGCUAAGAGAUAAGCAGCGAGUAAAAAAAAUGUAUUAUGAUCGCGGUGCAAAAGAGAGAAAGGAGUUUAAGAUAGGUGAUACGGUAGUGGUAAGAAAUAAGACUGAAUGGGAACCGGCGGUGAUAACGGAAAUAUGCAAAAAACCGAGAUCGUACUUUUUAAGAAAUAAAAGGGGCAAUACAAUUAGGCGUAAUUCGUAUCAUAUUAAAAAGUCUGUAAACAGCGCAAGUGAUGUCACCGACAUUAAUAUUGAAGACGAGAUAACUCUGUGCGAGGAGAAAGACAAAAAAGAUAUAAGCGAUAAAAAUAAUAUUAUUACUAGAAGCGGUAGAAUUGUAAGAAGACCGGCGUACUUUAACAUUACCUAAUAUUAAAGCUAAGGAAGGGAGGUGUAAUAGUAGGAUGCCUGCGUAUGUGUGCAAGGAGUGUGCGUGUAAGAAGAUGGGGCAGUCGACGAGGCUUCCCCUGCUGGGACGUGGCUGUAAGCCUUAGAUAUAAAGUGAAGUAUUGUAUCUUUAUGUUGAAUAAACUAUCU